AGGGGUACUAAGGUACUUGACCCUGACGGUAUGAGCCCCUGUCACCCUGUCACCUUUUCCCGUCUCAGGUUCAGCUUCAGCCUCGUAUCUCACACCUAAUAUUCUGACCUCAAUUCUCGCCAACAAUAUGCCACUCAAAAUCACAUUCCACUAAAGAAAAAGCUUCCUUAGCGCGCCAACAAAAUGGCUCGCUGCACCAUCUGCGCCAGCCUCACGGUGGAGGAGAUCCGGGACCGAAUGACAUAUUACUACCCGAACCUGCGAUCCCUUCGGGACUCCGCAGCCGCCGGAUGCGAUAUGUGCCAGCUGUGCUGGACAUCACUGCAGAAGAUAAACCACCGCGACAUUAUCGCCGCCGUGUUAGCCGGCAAAUGCCCAGAGGACGAGGGCGGGGGACCGCUAGUCGACGAGCGGGUGUGGCUCACAGGAGCGUUCUCAGACAAGCACCGCGCGGUCGCCGCUGCACAAAGAGACAAGGCGGAGAAGGCGUCGGGCUCCGUGGGCAGUUCUUCGGGUCUCGCGGGCCCGGACAGUGGGAGCCAGGUGUACGUGAGCUGCGGGAACCGCGACGACCCUGAGACGACGAACUCGGAGGCUUUUCUCAACAGUACCCUUGGCGUAUUCGCGGAUCCAGGCACGCCGGCCGCGCGUCUCUUCGUCGAGCGGUUCGUAUCCCCGGACAGGAACCCGCGGGGGCAUGUGGAGUUCGCGCGGGGUAUGGUUGCCGUGUGUAAGAAGCGGCAUCGCGAAUGCGGGAACGCGACCGAGGACAGGAAUCCGGAGAUGCCUACGCGCGUCAUUGACGUGGGUACGGCUCCGGGCGAGACGAAAUUGGUGAAUGCGCUCAAUCGUGGGAUUCGGGAGCCGUAUGUAGCGCUUUCGUAUUGCUGGGGACAGGGGGUGCGUCACGCGACGGAAUUGAAUGAUGGAAAUUUGGGUUCUCUUUUGGAGUUUAUCGAUGAGACGAAAUUGACGGCCGCGCAUCUGGAAUGCAUAUCUAUCGCUCGUGACUUCGGUAUUCGGUACGUCUGGAUCGAUUCGCUGUGCAUUAUCCAGGGGAAUGAGGCGGAUUGGAACUACGAGUCCAAGAAGAUGGCGAUCGUGUAUGGAAACGCGACACUCACUGUGAUCGCUGCACGGUCGGCGGAUAGCCGACAAGGGUUCCUAGCUAAUAAACAACACUCAGCUGCGCCUCCUGUAGCUUUACCAUUCGGAACCAAGGAUGCAAGUGGCAAAGACAUGGGGAAUAUUUAUCUCCAUAUACCACGAAAACCUACUACCGGGCCACUUCAUAGGCGAGGCUGGUGCUUCCAGGAGGCGGUGUUAAGUAGGCGAAAGCUUAUCUUCGAAAACGCCGAGAUACGCUUCUCGUGCCAGCGAACGGAGCAUUGGGAGAGCGGCAAGACCAUCGAGUCGCAGAAGCUACGGAAGCAGUUAUUUCAGGGGUUUCGACUUACCAAUCCCCAUAUCUCUUCCACCAUAGACGAAAAAGAACGGGAACGACUACGGUCCGAAAUGCUAUAUAUAUGGUACAAGAUGCUGUUGUGGGAUUUCACACCAAGGCUGCUAACGAAUCCAAGUGAUAUCUUCGCAGCUAUCAGCGGUAUCGCACAGCUGGCGGAAAUGUCGAUCAGAUCCCGCUACUUGGCCGGCAUAUGGGAAGUCGAUAUGGUCCGUGGCCUUCUAUGGCACACCUGGUUCUCGUUUGGUAUGAAAGUGAAGAAGGAUUACGGCGGUCAAUUUUCACUUCUAGACCCUAUCGAACCAGUAAGGCCGACUGACUGGGAUGGGAAGCCAGUGGUAAGAGCCCCUUCGUGGUCAUGGGCCUCAAUUCAAGGCCAUGUCCACGAACGCUCAACACCACGAGAUGAAUAUAUACUUAAGGAUCCAGCAAACUACCUUAUACGACCUAAGCCCAGGCCGAAACCACACUCGACUGAUAAACACGAUGACGAAUCGGACAUAUUGAGCUGGACAGCGUUAGACAAUCCCAAUUGCGGCCCCGACGUUCUACAUAUGCCAUACUGUGAACUCUGCUUCCUCGGACAGCCAAAACAGGUCCGCUGUUCGAAAUGGACUACAGUCGCCGGCUUCACCCCGAAGUGGGAAGCCCCGCCGACCCGGAUCCGUCAAAUGGGAGAGCAGGGGUACAUGGUCCUUCUUGAACCGGCAAAAUCCGAGUACGCCCGGUUAAACGAGCUCGGUCUCCUCCCAGCUCAGGACACUCCUUCCACCAUUUCUUCCAGUACUGAAGAUGAGGGCUCCGUUAUUUCCCCAGCCCUGGUAUUUGCCAAUGCCGUUUUCGACGUCUUGGAAGAUCGCGCCGGCGUUACUGAUUGUUGGUUCCUACCGAUAAUCAAGGAAAAGUGGAAGGGCUUGCUGUUGCGUAAGGAUCCAUCGAACGGAAAAUUUCGCCGCCUCGGUAUGGUUUCGGUAUCGAAAAAAGAGUUCCUACCCUGGGUAGUCUCUGGUCCUGAAGAAGAGAUUCAUUUGGUCUAAAAUAUAAUACAAACACCAUACCAUAUAUAUGAAUCCGACCCUCAAAGACUUGCCCAGACUGAUAUGUGGAUAGGAUAAAGUUUGAUACUCACCCUUUUUCUAUGCGCUUAGUCAGCCG